AUGCCAGCGCAACAUAGACCGGAUGUGGAGGCAUGGCGUCAGCAUUCGAACUCGAAAGAGCCCUAUUUCUGGCCGUACAUCAAUCUCGAAGAUCUUACUAAACCCAAGACCAUGUUCCUGCUGCUGCACUUCCGCGGGCGACAUCAUCCCGGAGAGUUUGCCCAUUCAGACGUGGAGCAAGCGGCAUUAGCCGAGACCAGUGCCAUCAUUAUGCCGGCUUUCCUGAACGAACACACAAUGUACUUCCACAAGAAGGGCAGUGUCGACAACUAUGGCCAGCUUGUCUCUUGGGACGACGACAAAGAUGCGUUCGAGAACAUGAUCAACGGAGUGGGCAUGCAUCCAGGACAUGGUCUAAAGGCGUUGGAGAUUCAGCAGCGCCUUUGGGCGUUUCUCGUCGCUUGGUCUCUGUCUCUGCUCCAUGACAUAGAAUCUCCUACCACGACGGACCUCUCUCAUAAUCCUGGACCACCGGCAAGCAUGGCAGAUAUCACGUCACUACAGAUUACUGCUCUUGGGGCUUCUUAUCGAAUACCGGCUCAUCUCGAUCUCGCACGUUUGGAGGCUAUAGCAUCUGCUGAGCGUAAUGCCAGGGAAGAUCACCUAUGGGCUCUCCGCGAAGAUCCUGGUUAUUUUGCUGGCGCGAUGCGAGAUGCAGCAGCUCAUCGCGGAGAGCAGUUGUUAGACACUAAGGGUCACGAGCACCCGACCAUGAAGGAACCCGGGAAGCCCUUGUUCUGGAAUCGUGUCCUGAGAUACGUGUCUAUGGACGCUCACUUCGGAUUUGCCAUUUUCGCCGAGAUCGUGAAGCAAAUCAACGGGUUGGCAGACUUGCUCAAAGAACACAGUGCGAGAGUUGAGCCUGACCAGCCUCUUCCAUCGCCGGUUGUACUGGCCUUUCAAAAUCUCCGCUUCCUUCUGGACGAGACCGUGUUCCAGGAUAUCACAGACUUGAAGCUGGGUUUGUUUGCUUCGCCACCGCUACGCCAGUUCUGCUUCCGCUAUCCUCAGGACCCACACACCACUAUCAUGGGGACCGGAUAUAAUGGGGCCCCGCGGGACCAUGCAGUCACAAGACUGAUGCCCUUCUUUGAAAUUCUUUUCGAUGAACGGAAAUUGUCCUUAUUCAGCUUACAUACGUUGAUAGAUGAGAUUGGGCGUCUAUUGCAAAGUGACGGCGAGAUUUACGCUCUCAUCACGCCCUGGGUCGCACAAAGACUCUCAACUUUAGCCGUAGUGUCCGAAUGUCUGCAUCAGCUGCAUUUGUUCAAACCCUGGUCCCGCAAAAUCGAGGACGACAUGGAGCUCAGGCGGGAGGAACUGGACAAGAACUACGUGGAAUCCUUCAAGUCUUGGAAUAACUCGACAAUCAAAUUCGACGGCACUGAGGUCUAUCGGCUUGCCGACCCUACUGACGGCAAGUUCGACUAUCCAAUUCAUCGACGUCGCAAUAAGCACAAUGUCGCACUCUUGCGCAAGGCCGAAGCGAAUUUGGACGCUUUUUGGGCAGCAGUCGACCAGCGAUAUCAGUCGGACGGUGGUAGAAAGUCUCAGCUUGACCUAGUUGCCCAUCUACUCAGUAAGGAUCGUGCAAUUCAGCGGACUCCGGAAUGGCUCGAAACCGAGAACAUCAGAAAGCCAAUCCAGCAGGACGAAUAUGUGUAUCAGCCUUUCUCUAGACUUUUACACGACCGCAGCAAACAGAUUACCGGUACUUUCGACCGCACUUCAUCCUCCGAUAAGGCAGCGAAACCGAAGACCAAGGGUAUCGCGGCACCCAACGCUGACGCUCACCCGCCGGAAACUCCACUUGAGGCCCCAGAGCCCACAAUCAUUUCAGUGGACAAGCGCGCUUACAAGGUCUUUAGAACCAUCUUCCACUCACCAAACAACCCGGACACACCUGGAGAGAUCCCUUGGACCGACUUCCUUCACGCCAUGGUGGCUGCAGGAUUCUCGGCUGAGAAACUUUACGGCUCAGCGUGGAGCUUCACGCCAAAAGUAUCGAGCGUCGGCGUUGAGCGUAGUAUACAAUUUCAUGAACCACAUCCAGUCAGUAAGAUACCUUUCUUUGUUGCUAGGCAAUUUGGGAGGCGAUUAGCGAGGGUGUACGGGUGGGCUGGGGACGCAUUUCGACUGGCGUGA